AUGAAGGCGGCGCUAGCCCUCGCGCUUUUGGGCCUGUCCCUGGCAGCAGCCCAGACCCGCUGGCAGCCCCAGCUGGCCGAUCGCUACAACUACCAGCUUGGAGAGCUGUUCGUUGUUCCCACUCACUUUAUCCCGGGCGUCAAGGUGUAUGCGCUUGACGGGUGGGACACGCCCGCGUCCACUGUGUCGUGGCUGGUCAGCCAGGGGGCCUACCCAGUCUGCUACUUUAGCGCCGGCUCGUUCGAGAACUGGCGCCCCGACGCGUCCCAGUUCCUGGCCAGCGACAAGGGCGCGGCCAUGGACGGCUGGCCGGGAGAGUGGUGGCUCGACGUCCGCUCCUCCAACGUCAGGAAGAUAAUGCAGCAGCGCAUCGCCAUGUGCAAGUCCAAGGGAUUCGUUGCCGUCGACCCCGACAACGUGGAUGGCUACACAAACGCCAACGGCGUGGGCCUCACCGCCGCCGACCAGCUGUCCUACAACACGUUCCUGGCCAACGAGGCGCAUGCGCAGGGCAUGGCCAUUGGUCUCAAGAACGAUCUCAACCAGCUGACCCAGCUGACACCCUACUUCGACUUCUUUGUGAAUGAGCAGUGCAACCAGUACAGCGAGUGCGGGAUGUACGCCCCCAGCAAGGCGGCCGGCAAGCCUGUCUGGAACAUCGAGUACACCUCGACCAACUUCAACAAGGGCUGCACCCAGCAGACCACCAUGGGGAUGCGCACCACCCUCAAG